GCAGAAUUCACUCUUUGUUUUUGUUGUGAGUUGAAGUAUCUGUUGAAGUUUGGAAAUUGGAAUUAGUAAGCGUUCAUUGUUCGAAUUGACAAUGCCUGGGUUAAAAAUCUUGUGUUUCUAUUGAUGUGUUUGAGGGUUGAGUUUCUAAUUCUGACGCUAUUUGCGUGUUCCCGGUAGUAUGCGCGUAUUAAUUUCAAAUAUAAGGACUCUACUCUUGUGAUAAGUGGUUUAAGAUGAAUUUCUAGCUGAAUCUUGCUCAAGGAAUCGUAAAUAGCGUACCAUGAAGUCAGCCAAGAACAAUAGAAAACCAUCAAUAAAGGCGAAAGGCUUUCAAGCCUCUCCAAAUCAGCAAAGAAUAACAAAGUUUUUUCAAAAACCGUCUUCACAAAAUGCACAGCCAGAACCACCAAACCUCAAUGCCAGUUCUCACGUUCCAGGAGUUUUGGAAAUAAAUAAGAAAAUAUAUUUCAAGCCAACACUAGACGCAGAGAAAAACAAGACAGCACAAUGUUCUACAAAAUUACCUGUGAUGGCGGUAGACGAAGUUAUUCUUAUAUCAGAUUCAGAAUCAGAUCAUGAGUUAGACAUCCCAGCUGCUGCCAUGAAAGGAAUUUCCGGUCCCCACACUUGUACGACAAGCCGCAAUGGAAAUGGUGAAAACAAUAGCGAUGGCCUACAGAGCUCAAAAUACUUUGAAAUGGCGGUUGAAGCCUCUAAAGCCGUCGUAACCGAAGAUACCAAACAAUGCGACAAUUCCAUGGGAUCUGAUUCAGGAGACGAAAUACUUUCUCAAUUAGAUAUAGAUGAAAUUAUUAGCUCCCAGGAAAUGCUAUCACCAUCUAAAAGUGACCGAUUAUCAAACACGUCACUCAACAGUAGUGAGAAUGUCACACCAAAAGUUAUAAACACAUCUUCAUCCAAGUCGCCAAAAGCCAAAGUAAACUACUUUUCUCCGCUACGGAGGCUGAAUUCGCCAAGUAAAACAAAAAAUAGUCGCAAUAGUGGUGGUAUGAAAUCUUCAUCACCGGGUAGAUCUUCAAGUCAAAACUUUAAAUCUCCAAAUUCAAAUCGGAAACAAUCUGUAGUGCGAGAACAUGACAAUAGUCCGAAAGUAAAGAAAUUGAGAUUUCCAGAAGACGCUUCUGAUUCAACUUCAACACCACAGUUUGUUCCAUACUUUUUGAAAAACUUCACUAGCAUUAUAGAUUCCGUAAGCGAAGAUCCACACAGCACUCAUUUGUUCAACGAAGAAGAUGCAUCUAUAAUUUGCAAAUUCCGGUCGUUAAGCACUAACGCGAAACUUUUAUAUGUGCGACUGUUCCUUAGAAAAUGGAAAUGGAAGAUAGCAUCUUCCAUCAAGUAUCCUGAAAUCAAGGAUGAUUUAACCUCAGUAUUUGAAGAAUUACACUCGGCAGCAUUUAUUGUUGAAAUUAGAGAUGUUAAAGAUGAACUUGAAUUGAAGUCUCUGUUGGAAAUACUGAGUGCUGAACAAAUUGCUGCUCUCGCAAAACAAAUGAAUGUUACCUCAAAGAAAAAAACGAAAGACGGUUUGGAAGUCGCUCUUUUGGCCCUCACUAAAACCAAGCCUGUAUUUGCUACAGCUUGUAGUGUGGAGACCAUAAUGAAAAGAAAGACAUUGGAAUUACUUGGUCCAACGUAUCAACUCAACGGAACUUGUCGAGCUCUUUUCUCAAGAAUGUUCGUCAUGCACUCUCCACCCCAAUACUGGGAAGACGAACAGGAGCAAUCAAGCAACCAGCUUCUCAAAAUGUUAAUGUCAGAUAAUGGGAAGAUGUUGUACCCGCAAUGUAACAUCAAUAAAACGACCAUAAUAUAUACAAAUCGAGACGAUCUAUUAAGAUUCCAUGACGCUUGGACAAUUCAUUGCAGCAUUACGGCGCAUACAGAGUCGAAGGAAUGGGAGGAAGUCGUGAAAUUAGGAGAAAAUGCUUUCGCACUUUUGCAAGAGAAUCUCCAAGAUUCAGAAAUAAGGAACAAUGAUGAAGACCUUCCUUCGUUCCUUCGUGUUUAUAAAGCUGGGAGUGUUUUGACUCGAAUCGUAUGGUUGGCAGUAGAGGGUUAUCAGAAAUUAAAGAAUUACAAAGUUGCAACCUCGUACAUACACUUUCUUUUAAAGCAAAAUAUAUAUUUGUCACAAUAUCGUGGACGUUGGCACGAAAGACUCGUCAUUAAUCAAAAACAGUAUCUAAAGACACCUUUGGAAGAACGAAAAUUUACUUUGGUUUCGGCGCUGAAGGACGAGUUUCUACAAGAAUCGCACAAGCUUUGCAUUUCUGAACGGUUCGACAGGCUCAUGGAAGAAAUUCAGAAACCACCGAAAAAGAAAGCAAAAACUUUAGCCAGCAAUGAUGCAACAACAUCGAAGGCGAAUCUAGAUACGUUACUUGAAACUUCAAUUGACUUGUUUCGUGUAUGUGAAGAACUACCAGUAAGGACUAUUUCUGGAGAAAAAUUAUUAAAUCCGAACUCUGGGAAAUCAGUUUUCAUUAGCCAACAAGAUGACGACGGGUCUACCGAAGCAUCAUCCGUUGAAUUGUUUGCCAUUUCAUAUUACCAAAAACAUGAAGGAUACAUGCACGGAAUUCACGCUGAAGGGGCUGUUGUGUGUUCUUUAUUUGGGCUUUUAUUUUGGGACGAGAUUUAUAGUGAAGAGAUCAGUGACGCAUUUCACUCUCAAUACCAAAUAGCUCCAUUGGAUCUGAAUUUUAAAGAGUUUUUUACUCGAAGGCAAGGUAUCAUCCUGGACAAACUCCAAGGAAUGCGCUCAUCAUGGUCAAUUCAAGACGCCAUGGAUGUUUUGGAGAAAAAUUGGAACCAGCAUCUCAACGUUCUAUCCAUUGUUAACUGGAGUGUAUUUCCAGAUGUUGAGUUGGCAAAAUCAUUAUUGAGUAGAUUGGGCUUACGAGUGAUGAGUGAUAUUUGUGAGCGACUUGCUAGAAACUUUCGACAUUGGAGGAGCGGCUUUCCAGACUUAGUUUUAUGGAAUUAUAAGGAUGUGAUAUUUGUAGAAGUUAAGGGACCCGGUGAUUCAUUAUCAUUUAAGCAAAAGGUAUGGCUGGACUUUUUACUGACUAUUGGAGCAAAAGCAGAAGUUUGUCACGUUCAGGCUGUUAGUAAUAAGAAAAUUAGGACCUGAUUAUUUACUGUAUGGAAGUAUUCAUUUGGUUUUUUGACUUUUUAUGUUAUUUUAAAAUUUUUACUGACCUUCCAUUAAACUAUGCAACCCAACCAGUGGUGGUGCUAAGACAAUAAGUCAAUAAUACUUUUGAGAUAAAUAUACCCUUGUCCAUGUUUGUGUCAUAUUUCUUGACCUUGCUCAGUAUUUAUAUACAUACAUGUGCUCAAAAUAAAGUUUAUUUAUUACUUAUGAAAAGA